CGGUUAGAUUUUGGCGGUUGAAUGUCUCGUGUGUUUUUACAUGAAAUUCGAUUUUUUGUCUCAUUUAUUAUCAUUUUCAAUUUGCAUUCGUUUUCAAACAUGGAACCAUCAUCAUCAUCAUCAUCACAACAAUCCAACAAUGUUGAAGUUGAAGUUGAAGAUAAAAAGCUUGAAGAUUAUGAUAUCGGUAAGCCACUUGGACGAGGAAAAUUUGGCCGUGUUUAUCUUGCCCGAACUAAAAAAGAACAUUUUUUUGUGGCAUUGAAAACAUUGUUCAAAGAACAAUUACGAAAAGACAAUAUGGCCCAUCAAUUACGGCGUGAAAUUGAAAUUCAAUUUCGUCUACAACAUAAAAAUAUAUUGCGGUUAUAUGAUUAUUUCGAUGAUGAACAUCGUAUUUUUCUUGUGCUUGAAUAUGCACCACGUGGUGAAUUGUAUGAAAAAUUGAAAAAAGUCGGUAGAUUUGAUGAUAUGAAAGCGGCCACUUACAUUAGGCAAAUGAUUGCGGCAUUGAAAUUUUGCCAUGAAAAUAAUGUUAUCCAUCGUGAUAUAAAACCGGAAAAUAUUCUUCUCGGUUAUCAUGGUGAAUUGAAAAUUUCCGAUUUUGGCUGGUCAGUACAUGCACCAUCACAACGACGGAAUACAAUGUGUGGUACAAUUGAUUAUCUACCACCGGAGAUCGUUCUACGACAGCGAUAUGAUCAUAAUGUCGAUAUAUGGUGUUUAGGUGUAUUGACAUAUGAAUUUCUUUGUGGUCGUCCGCCAUUUGAAUCGGCCGAUAUGCAGACAACUUAUGAUCACAUUACUCAUGUAAAAUUUUCCUAUCCCAAUUAUGUUAGUGAUUUGGCCAAAGAUUUCAUAUCAAAAUUAUUGAUAUUUAAACCGGAAAAUCGAAUGCAAUUAAUUGAAGCUGAAAAACAUGAUUGGAUCAAACAAUUUGCCAUCACAGAAGAUGAUGUAAAUUAUCGAUGCUCAAAUUGUGGUGUUGCCAAAUUUGUUUGACAUUAAUAUUCAUAUUUCAUAUGUGAUCAAAUAUUCGAAAAAUUCUUUUUUAUUAUUAUUAUAUCGAUAGAUACAAAUUACAUUUACGAAAAAAAAACUGAAAAUAAAACCAAUUGAUAAUCUAAUUUAUUAUCUCUGUAUAUA